GUAAAUUAUAAUAAAUAUCUAUACAAUAUUCGGGCGGGUGGAAAAUGCAAAAGUUUUGAAUGUUGAAAUCGCUCGUGCUGAAAAAUUUCUAUCUUUUAUGAAAAUAGAGAUACCUGUCAAUCUUGAAAAUGAAGAUUUCAACGUGGUCAACACUUCUCUUCUCCAGUGGUUUUUUAAUGCUAGUUUCUUCAAAUACAUUAUCAACGGAGGAUCAUGUCAACCUGAUUACAGACCUCUAUAAUGUUUACAAACCGUCCUCCCUAACAAUAAUACAUUUUAUUGAUCCCCAUGAUAUCUCCCAGAUAAAUACUAUUUUCGAUACGAUAAUAUUAUUUUCGAGAGCAAGAGUUAUGACAAUUACUUUGAAGUUGGAACAAGACUUUUUGCCUAAGGAUUAUACUAAAACCUUGACAAACGCUAAAAAGCCAAUGAAUGUAGUUUUCCUCAGUUCCGAAAGAGACAUAUCAGAGAAGUUCGAUCAAUAUUAUGAUGACUUAUUUCUUGCCCUGCAAUUUGCUGCCAAUUUUACGGCUAAAAAUGUUGAAAUAAAAGAUACUUUUGGCGUUGAGUCUUGGAACAAAACUAGCAAGACAUGGUCAGGUGGUAUGGGCCUAAUUCAAAAUCACGAGAUUGAUAUUUUAGCACAUGUAGUUCCGUCAAAUAAUGAGAUUUUAAAUUCAGCUGAUUUGACUGUGCCACUAAAAAAAAUCGAAUUGUGCCUUUUCAUAAGAAGACCAACAUCUGAAGCAGCAGAUUUGUGGUCUAGUUAUUUCAAGCCAUUUACCUACAAAACAUGGUGCGCUUGGAUAGUGACUCUUAUAGUCAUAGUGACUCUUCUCACCUUGUUGAGACUCAAAGCAGAAACUGGCUUAUACCACGGUGGCAUUUCGGAAAAUUUUCUACAUGUUUGGGGAUGUUAUUUUCAGCAAGGAUUACCAGAAUUUCCGCAAGCUUUAGCGCUUCGAUUAUUUUAUUAUUCGACUUUCCUUUUCGGAUUUGUGAUUUUUGCGAUAUACUCAGCAUCUUUUGUAAGUGAACGGACAGUACUUCAGGAACAUUUACCUUUCAAGUCAUCGGAGGAAUUUUUGAAAGACAAAUCCUAUAAGCUGGCAGUCAUUGAUGCUCAACUUUAUGAUGAAGUGACGGCAGAUCCAAUACAGUUGGCAAUGCAAAAGAUGCUCAUAAAAAGGAACCAAUCACCAAGAAAUACACAAGAUGCUAUGAAUCUGAUUUGCAGUCAAAAGAUUGCACUCUACAGUACUGACAUCAUUACAUCUCAGCUGCCUCAAGGUACAAAGCUACCAUGCAAUUUGGUAAAAAUUUACCUUCAAAGACACAUAUAUAUCCGUAUGGCCAUGCCUAAGAAGAGUCCGUAUAACAAAGCUAUUAAUUCUUACAUCAUAAAACUCAGGGGAAAUGGCAUAUUAAAGCGCAUUGAGUCAGUGCUUCAAGAUAGCAGCAGCAGCAGAAUUUCCUUAAUAAAUGCACCUACUGAACAAAACUAUGAGCCUACAACCAUUUUCGAUAUAGCAACACUUUUGGCGAUAUUAUGUGGAAGCGUGAUUUUGUCUAUUCUGAUACUAUUUCAUGAAAAGGGGCCCCUGGUGGAAUUUGAAUAUAUUCCUGAGAAAUCAAGCAAUCAGGGCAAUACCGAACAGAGUGUUUCAUUUUCGCAUGUCAGGAGGUUUUCAUUUUCACCUCAGAACGGUCGCAAUGCACGAUUACGCAGACGAGUAUAUUACGCCAAAUUAUGCAUUCCAACUGGAAACGGUUCAGGCAGCCCUGACUGUUUAAGUUUCGAGGGUACCGAUUUGCGUAUUGCCGUAGAAGCAGGGAGGAUUAAGGCAGAUAGGAGUAUUAUCGACAAUAUCUGCAUUCUGCAGCAGAUGGGAGAUAUUGUUGGAGGCGAUGAAGGAGCGGAAAGUGGAGUGGGGUCUGAUCGAGAGCGUAAGGGAGAUAUAUGA